GUGUGGUGCAGUCCGUUAAGGAGACCCUGAGCAGCCAGUUCGUGGAGAACUGCAAGGGCGUCGUUCAGAGGCUGACGCUGCAGGAGCACAAGAUGGUGUGGAACCGAACAACGCACCUCUGGAAUGACUACGAGAAGAUCAUCCACCAGCGAACCAACACCGUCCCCUUCGACCUGUUGCCUCUGGAGGAAGGCGCCGGGGUCACCGUGCGGGGGGAAGCCUCCGGCACCGUGCGGGUGAUGAAGCCUCUGGACGCCGCCGAGCUCAGCCUGGAGACGGUGUACGAGAAAUUUCACCCCUCGGUCCAGUCCUUCACCGACGUCAUCGGCCACUACAUCAGCGGAGAGCGCCCGAAGGGGAUUCAGGAGACGGAGCAGAUGCUGAAAGUGGGCACGGCGCUGACAGGCGUGGGAGAGCUGGUCCUGGACAACACCACCAUCAAGCUGCAGCCCCCGAAGCAGGGCAUGCCCUACUACCUGAGCGACAUGGAUUUCGACUCCUUGCUGCAAAAACAAGGAUCAAACGUCCGCUUUUGGAAAAUCCUGACGGUCAUUUUCGGUUUUGCCACCUGCGCCGUCCUCUUUUUCAUCCUUCGGAAGCAAUACCGGCAUCACCGCGAGAGGCGGCACCUCAAGCAGCUGCAGGAUGAAUUCCGGCAGGCCCAGGAGCGCCUGAUGCGCGAAACGAACGCGGAGGGCGGAGAGACGCUCAAAAACGCCUGCGUCGUCUGCUUGACCAACACCAAAUCCUGCGUCUUCCUGGAGUGCGGCCACGUUUGCUCUUGCAAUGAGUGUUACCAGGCUCUCCCCGUGCCCAAAAAGUGCCCGAUCUGCAGGCAGCCCAUUGCCAGGGUGGUUCCCUUAUACAACAGCUAA